AUGUUCAAAACACGUCUUUUCUAUAAAUCAUUUCCACGGCUAUUCCACCGCUCAACUCAAUUGAACGCAUCGGGACCAAAAAAAGUUUUACGCUCGAGCAUCAUCCCUACACCCAUUGGUAUCAUUACUGGUGUUUUCGCAGGAACAGUUUUUGGCUAUUACUUGCUCGACUCUCGGUCCCUGAUCCACGAGAAAGUCUUGUGUCCACUUAUUCGUACUUUAACCGAUGCCGAACAGGGUCAUAAACUAGGUAUUGCCUUUCUUAAGUAUGGGUUAUACCCCAGAUUGCUCGACGAUGGUAUAAACGACCAAAGUGAUGUAUUGGGUGUCGAAGUGUUUGGCCACAAAUUGAAGAACCCAAUUGGGUUGGCUGCCGGUUUGGACAAGGAUGGUGAAGUUAUCGAUCCACUUUUCAAUUGUGGAUUCUCGUAUGUUGAAAUUGGUUCAAUUACCCCCGAGUCACAACCAGGAAACCCUAAACCAAGAUUCUUUAGAUUGCCAAGGGACGAUGCUGUGAUCAAUAGAUACGGAUUCAACUCAACGGGACAUUUCAAUGUUAUUGCAGGCUUGAAAGUGAGGUUUAGCAGGUUGUUGGAAAAAUUCCAGCAAGGACAUACACCCAAUGAACAUCCAUUCUCCAACUCUUUUCAACAAGGCAAGAUAUUGGGUAUCAAUUUGGGUAAAAACAAACAUGGCGAUGAAAUUGAAGAUUACGUUCAAGGUGUAUCGAGAUUGGGGCCAUACGCAGAUGUCUUGAUUGUCAAUGUCUCAUCUCCCAACACUCCAGGUUUAAGAGACCUCCAGAACGAAGCUAAGCUCACAAAAUUGUUAAAGUCAGUGGUUACUGAGCGUAAUGUAUUGGGCACCAAUUUGCUUGGCGCAAAGCCACCCAUACUUGUCAAAGUAGCACCCGACUUAUCAGAACCCGAGAUUGAGUCAAUUGCUAGUUCAGCUGUGCAAGCAAAAGUAGACGGUAUCAUAUUAUCAAACACAACUAUCCAAAGACCUACAGAUAAACUAUUAACCACCAAUUCCGACUUGGUCAACCAAACCGGUGGACUUUCUGGUAAACCUUUGAAAGAAUUAUCACUUGCUGCAUUUAAAAUACUUCGAAAGCAUACAAAGGGAACCGGUUUAGUCUUGGUUGGUUGUGGAGGUAUUUCCAGUGGUAAAGAUGCUUUGGAGUUUGGUAAGGCCGGUGCUUCAUUCAUUGAACUAUACACUGCUUUUGCUUACAAGGGACCGGGAUUGGUUGCCAAAAUAAGAGACGAGUUAGCUGCAGAAUUGAGAAAAGAGGGUAAAACAUGGCAACAACUAGUCGACGAGAACAAAUAA